AUGAUGUUUAACGCUACAAGAGUAUCAUAUAAGCCACGGACCCAAUCCUCGACGACGGCAGUACGGAGCUCCUCAAGUUCUAGUGCUAGUAAAAGUUUUUCUUUGCUGAGUGCGACUACUAUUUGGGGCUCGUCGUCACGGAACACAUCACCUACUGAAUCCUCUAGUGCAGCUACGACGGAAAGUACAGUCAUACCCGCGAGCACAAGCAUAACGGCCCUCCAGCCAAGCAGCAGUACAGUAGACCUAACAUCUUCUACCAAUACACAGAAUACGCUGACCAGGAGCCUCAAAUCAGACCAGACUGUCGUGAGUUACACCAGGAGCUAUGUGAUAACUGAAUCUUCUACUACGUUUACAACAGCAUUGUCUAGGGCCACUGUGCUCGACGCGAGAACUGCAGCCACUUUUACAGCUCCAACAGCUGCUGCUACCACCGAUGUAGGAUUUUACAACCGCUGGCUCAGCGGGACCCUAGAUUCUAACUCCUAUCCUGGCUCUAUUUCCAAACAUCAGAGAACUAAGAUAAUAGCUAGUGUUGUGGGCAGUGUUGGCGGUUUUCUGCUUAUAAUGGUUCUCAUAUGGUUUUUUGUAUUCCGCCGACGCAAGAAUCGAAACUCUAGCACAACACAAAGCUUCAGUCAUGAUAUCGGGUGCAGAAUCGAUUAUCCGCUUGCUCCUACGGAUCGCACAGACCUCGAUGAUAAUCAUUUCGUCACCAAUCGUUCUUCCGAUGAAGACGAGGUUUUUAUGAAGGGCAAAUAUAAAUCUUUUGGUCGGAAGUUACCACUGUUUCAAAAGAGCGAUGCCAAGCCUGACACUACAUGGCCCAGAGAUCAUCCUGUUAUAAGCCCGGAUUCGCCUCGAGGCAAUCCAUUCCAGGACGAGUUUGACUUCCAAAAGAGAUUGCCACUACCACCUCCAGUACCGACGCGAGAUGUUCCAAUUCAUUCCAAUUUCUCUUACAACAGCGAGGAUACCUCUUCUUCCGAUAUUUCCUCUGAUACUUCUUCUUCCAUCCAACUUUCAAGACCUCAUGGAGCAGCAAGAAGUACUCAAAGUUUCUUACGUGAGGUGCUGUAA